UGAUGGGGUUGUGUUUUCAUCUUGGUAUGAUCGUUGAAAAAAACGGGGGCAGAUAUGGAGCAGGUUCCGGAUGUGUUUGGACGGGGGAGUGGGGUGGUGAGAGUGGUUGGAGGCAGGGAGAUUCUGGAGGUUGAAGAUGAGUACGAGCACGUGGAACCGGGGGUGGAGUACUGGAUCGAGAAUCAACCGCAGGAGGACGAUGGGAGUGAGGAGUUCAGGGAGCUUCUGGAAUUGCUGAACACUAGCUAUGGGACGCAUUGUAGCUGUUCCGACAAUUGUCAAGCUUGUCCUCUGGGAGGAAGCUACACUCCCUGUGGGGAAGAAUUGGUUCUGGCACGAAACCAAGACGUAAUCUUCGAGUGUUCGGAAGAGUGUCAAUGUCAAUCAACCUGCUGGAACCGACUGGUUCAAUUUGGUCCAAGGAAGAACCUCGUAAUCAAGCCUAGCUUGCUAGUUCCAAACCAACUGGGACUCUUCACCGUCGAACCAAUCCCACGAGGAGCCUUCAUCUGCGAAUACGCCGGAGAAAUCCUGACUCGGCCGGAGGCCGAAAAAAGAAACCGCUUCAACGAUACCAACCAAAAGAAAAACUACGUCCUCUGCCUGAACGAGCUGUCCUCCGACAACCUCCACCAGUCCCAAACCUUCAUCGACCCGGAACGUCGCGGCAACAUCGGCCGCUACCUGAACCACAGCUGCGACCCAAACUGCCGAACCGUCUCCGUCCACAUCGGCAAUCCCCCACCCCGAAUCGGCAUCUUUGCACGUCAAGACAUCCCACCCGGCACCGAACUACUCUUCGACUACGCCGGAGGUCAACCCUCGGGAACCGGUUCCACGCGCUGUCGGUGCGGAGCACCGUCCUGUCGCGGUUGGCUUCCCUGUCAGCAGCAGUACUGACCGACCCUCUUCUCCUCCUCG